AUGAGUCUGGACGUGUUAUCAUGCCCACUUGAGGAGGUAGUGAUGAGACAUGCGUACCUGACUGCUGGGUGUGCUGCUUUUGAUUCGGUCACCAUGUACUCCAGCUUCAAGAGCAACUUUGUGAAGAGGCUGUCUGCGGAGAUUCCCGCAGCCAGAAGCCCCAUCACCACCAGAUGGCAGUCAAGCCAAGCCAGGGACCUGGAAGCCUCUUUGAAGGAGGGCUCUCUGUCAGACAUCCCCGAAUCUCCAUCAGUGCUGAAGAUAACACCAGCAGCGGACACCCUAACUCUACAUGAGUCCAAUUUUAGGUUUUCAGUUAGAUUCCACAUCAAAGAAUCAAUGAAAACCCCUGUCAAAGGACAUUCUGAAAUGAAUAACUCCAAUUUCCGUUUCUUCAAGACACCUCUUGCAGGGGACAGAGGCAGGAAGGAAAGUGUUGCCACCAAAGGCCAGAAAUGCCUAAACCAGCUGUUUUCAACCCGGAAGGGAGUUCAGCAAAUGGAUGCGAGAAUACAUCUUUGUGAGAAAUCCCGAUGUGUCUGGACAGGUAUGGGCGGGUCCAGAUUGGGCCGUGUCCACCAUCAUGAUGUUCAGGUGGCCCAGCAUUAUGUUGGAACACUUGACCAAAAGGAGAUUGUGUGUGCUCUGAAAUGGUCACCCGAUGGCAGGCUGCCCAGAGGGUGUAAUGAUGGACUACUGACAAUCUGGCUCCACGCAGGUGCCAGUGUGCAGGGCCCACCCCUGAAAGUCAUACCUCAGAGUUCUGCCCCAUGGGCCAUGGAGUGGUGUCCCUGUCAAUCUGAGGUCCUUGCCCUUGGAAGAGGAAUGAAGGAUGGACAUUUAUGUGUUUUAGAUGUAAAUACAGGGAAGAGCGUUCAGACUCCGAGCACACACUCAUUGGUUUGUUCUCUCAUCUGUAUACCUAAGACAAAGGAGAUUGCAACAGGCCAAGAUGCUCCCAAGAACAAUGUGGCUUUGUGGACCUGCCCCAGGCUGCUCAUGUGGGGGGAAGGAGGGGUUUCUAUGUUUCUGGAGAGAAACCAUUUUUUUGGACAUGACAGGUCCACUGUGCUGGUGGCCUUACAGCAGCUGUGGUCUGCAUGA